CGACAACAGUACAGCAAGAGAGGCAAGACCUGGCAGAUAACCUACUCCAUACAAUGCGCGCCGUCAUUUGGAACAGCUCCAUGGGGGAGCUGCAUUCCCGGUCCACACUGCAGCUGCAUUGCUACCUUGGAGGCAAGGCCUCCCCAAGCAGCGCCAGGCUGCACGCCAGAUAUGACAGACACAACGAAGCAACUCAAUGGGCGCAUCGAUCAUGUCGUCAAUCUCAUCGGCGACAUAGGUGUUUUCAAUGGGCCGGACACGAUCAGUAGCACGGUGGCCGCCAUCAAGACAGACAUCACCAAGCUGCAGACGAAACCGGACGCCACUACGAAGAACUACAAGAUGCCACACUUCGACAUCCGCAAGUUCGACGACCACAACAAGACGGACGCUUUGGCAUGGUGGCAACGUUUCCUCAAGGAAGCAUCAUGCCGCACUGUCCCGGACGACUAUCUGAUGAAGGCGUUAUACUUACAGCUGAUUGGAGGAGCGCAGGCAUGGAUGAACCAUUUGGCGGCUACCAACACAUGCACCAUCGCCGAACUUCACACGCACAUCACGUGGAAGGAUUUCGAGAAGCUAUGGUUCACCCGGUUCAUGGUCCGCAACAUCGUGAAGGCGGCCAUGAACGAGGUGUACACCUGCUCUCAAGGAAGUAUGCCAACUCGAGACUGGACAACCAAGUGGCAGAAGAUAGUGACCACACGAGGCUUCGAUUUGACUUUUCCUAAUCAACGAUCCGAGUUCUUCUCGCGAUCGUGCGCAGGAUUGCGGUCGGCACUCGGUAACGAGUACGACUAUACCUCGUUCCAGGCUAUCCUGGAUCGCGCAAACCUGGUCAUCCAAACGGACGACAAGGCCGCUAAUGAGAAACAAUCCCAGCCGCAUUAUGUGGCUAAGCAGGGCUAUCAACGUCCGACACAUAACAAUGUCGUGAUUUCUGAAGAAACAGACGAUCUCCACGCUGCAGCAGCAUCCUCGAGCGAUGGAGGAAUUGUAGCAGCGCUCCCGCCGAAGCGUCCUAAGAGGGUCCGGAAACCCAAGGUGACACAAGAGACGACAUCGACGGGAACUGGGCAGCAGCCAUGGACGGCAUACAAGAUAACCAAGGAAGUAUAUGACCUACGUCAACGGUACGGAUAUUGCCUAUGGUGCAAUGGUGUCACUCAUCUGGUACCACCAUUAGACCAGUCGAGCCACGUGCAUUUAGCUAGCGUAUGCGCAGCCUGUACACCGUCGACAAGAGAUCCGGUCAGCUCGCCACUGACUUCCGAGGACUCGACGGCGUGGUCAAGACUUGAGGAGCUUGACCCGCUCAAGAGAGAGGACUUCGCUUGGAUGCCUCUACCCUCGACCGGAACCUUGCCAAGGCCGCAUUGCAACGCCUUGAUGGCAACUCUACGCUCCUAUUUGCACACUACAGUACCAGCUCCGUUGACGGACGACGGAGUAGCGGUUGUCGAUUUCCGCUCCUAUCUUGCGAAGAUUAACCUCGAGUACGCCACCCAAAGGUACGCCGAGACCGACGCGCCUUUGCUCUAUAUCCGCAUUCAAAUCGGAAAGGCAACCUGUAGUGCCUUGAUUGAUUGUGGAGCGUCUCGCAACUUUAUGAGCCAAGCCUUUAUGGUCCGCGCAGGCCUUGGCCCGCGCGUUCGAAGGAAGACGCAACCCACGCAAGUCACACUCGCGGACGGCCGCACGCAAAAGUCAAUAGUCACACUCGCGGACGGCGUUCCGGUAUACUUUGCGCCACUUGCGUGCGAGCCGGUGUCUUUUGACAUCCUCGACACCAAGUUCGACAUGAUUCUAGGCAUGUCUUGGUUGCGUAGCGCCGAUCAUCCGGUGAACUUUCAUGACCGAACUGUUCACAUCCGUGAUUGGAACGGAGUGUUAGUCCCAUGUACGGUCGCGACCCCUCACACUUCGAUUGCUUGUCACGUGGUUUCCGUCGCGAAAAUUCGCGACGCCAUAGCUCGGAAUGACGUCGAGGAGAUGGACCUUGUAUUCUUGCAUGCUCUCCCCUCGCCGGACGGACCAGCCGCGUCACCGCCGGACCCACGCAUUUCUCACCUCUUGGACGAGUAUAGAGACGUCUUCGAGGCUCCCACCGGAACGGUUCCGGAUCGCCCAUACUGUCACGAGGACGGUUGGCAUCCGGUCGAGUACUUCUCCCAAAAGGUGCCUCUCGUAAACACUCUCGACGACGCUAGGAAGAAAGAGCUACUCGCGUUCGUCACCGUUCUCAAACGGUGGCGCCACUUUCUUCUCAGCCGUUGGCGUUUUAAAUGGAAUACGGAUAACAAUCCGUUGACAUUUUACAAAACGCAGGACACGGUCACUAGUACGAUCGGUCGAUGGAUGUAUUACAUCGACCAGUUCGACUUUGMCCCGUGCCACAUUCCCGGUCCCGCCAAYCGAGCUGCGGACGCCCUCUCACGACGGCCCGACUUUCGUGCCAUUGUGACCACGGCAUUCGACCUCGAUGACGAUCUGCAACCGCAUUUCGUCAAAGGCUACAAGUCCGAUCCGACUUACUCUACGCUUUACGCGGAACUUUCAUCGGAUCACCCGCCGGCUGCCGACAUAGACGUCCCUUGCUCUCCCGCUUCCGUUCGGAAGUACCGGGACUUGCUGAUCAAAGUCCGCGCGAAUAUGCAAAAGGCUCAGAUCCGCAUGCAGCAGCAGGCUAACCAACGUCGACUUCCAUGUCCUUUCCGCGAGGGAGACCUUGUUUGGGUGCUCUCCGAGGAAUUUGCGCUCGAGCAGGACGUUUCUCGCAAACUCCUUCCGAAAUGGUUCGGACCAUGGGAAGUCACUUCUGUCGUUGGAGACGACCCCGCAGGUCCUUCCUUUGUGGUCAACAUUCCUCCGCACCUUCCAGUGCACCAGGUCUUCCACGCGUCGAAGCUGGCCAUCUACACGCCACCUUCCGCCGACGAGUUUCCCGGCCGUCGAUCACAGGAUCCGCCUUCUAUGGACGGACAUCGGGAAGUCGACCGAGUCAUCACGCAUCGCAAGUAUGGCAACAAGACAAUGCAGUUCAAACUCACAUUCAAGCAAUGUGCGCCUGAUGACACACGGUGGAUCUCCAGUAUAGAUUUGCAGACUUCUGCAACCCUUAUCUUCGCCGACUAUGAGAAGCGACGCCUUGCUAAGGAAGCAGCUCGUCCCGCCCGACCCACCCCGGUAUCGGACAGACAACUUCGCCCUCGCAGGUAGCUCGGUCUUUUAAGAGGGGGAGUGUGUUACAUCUUCGACGCCACACGGGUCC